CUGGACGUUGAAAUAGUUAUUUUACAGGCGUGAAUUCAUUUUCAGUUCUGAAUGAAAGUUGUAUAGACGUCUGUUUGGACCAAAUUCAGACCAGACCAAAUCUGAACCAAACAUGGACGUCCAUCACAAGAGGCUGCUGAGGGGAGGGACGGCUCCUAAUAAUGGCUGUAAUGGAGCAAAUGGAAUGGCAUCAAACACCUGGAAACCAUGUAUUUGAAACAAUUCCCGACUCUGCUCCAGCCAUUACCACAAUUAAGGACCCCUUGAGACCACUGAAGGACCUGGCAGAGCUCAAGGACCAGCUAGAGGACAUUCAGCGGCGUGUGGAGAAGGAAGUACAGGCUGGGAUCCCACAGGGUGGCAGUGUGCUGGCCUCUCCUUUCCUUAAGGGCUUCUUGGCAGGAUAUAUUGUGUCUAGGCUGCGAUCCUCUGCAGUUUUGGGUGUGAUCCUUGGGACUUGCACAGGCAUCUUUGCAGCUCAAAAUUUUGGUGUACCCAACAUCGAGCAAACUCUGAAAGACUGUUUCAACACUCUAAAAGGACCCGGCAAAUAGCAGCCCUGGUUCUGGGGGAGAAGAUGGAUCACUGAACCAAAAAACCUGCCCCUAAAAAAGAUCCAUUGAACUACUCCACUCCACAGCCUUCAGUUUUAGAUUGCACAAUGGUACUGAAUUCAGAAAAAUGAUGUUUUGUUUGUGUGGAGAAAUUUAGGAAAAACCAAUAUGGUUGCUUGAAUUAUGCAUCACGUCUUUACAAUCAUCUCUUGCAUUGUGUGCAAUACUCCUCAGGGGCUUAUGCAUUUUUUUUAAAUAUAUAGUAACUGGAAAGAUAAUGUUCUUAUUUUAUGCAAUGGGGAUUUUACUGAUGGAAGUGGGUGCUUUAUAGGGGAAGAUUUUCUUUGCCUCAAGACAGCUUUCAAUUUGGUCUUGCUUGUAGAUUAACCAUCCCAACCUUGUUAUACCCAAAUUAUAUUUACAACAUACUGUAGUACCCAUAUGUUAAACAUUACCAUGAGAAUAUUAUGUUAAUAUCUACAGAUCUGUCCCUAGCAAGUUCUCUGCCUAUGUUCUGACUUUUAGGUCACUGUAAACCUGUAUUGACCUGUUCCUAGUAGACCAGUGUUUUUUGUGUCUGGUUGAUAGUUCUGUACACUGAGUACAUCACAAUGCAGUCUAUAUAAUGGUGCACAGUGACCUCUACAGGGGAACUAUCGACCUGCAGUUUGCAUCCGUAUCGGUCAAGUGGUCCUGCCAGAAGUUCCUGUGAUUUUAGCAAAGUAAAUCCACAUACCAACUGAUCUAAUCCUGGACAUCUGGCUCAAGCAUUGCAAUUCUAUUAAUGUUCAGUACUGCCUUCUCAGCCAGAACGAACUACAUGGAAGAAGUUUCUGAUUUACCACAAUACUUGUUUACUAGGCCCAAUCUUGAGCCAUGCACUAUUAGGUUAAUGAUAUUGUCCUCAGAAUGGGUUGUAGUCUCCUAGCUUCUUGGACCCCCAGCUGUUCCAUGUAUUUUAAAUAUUCCACAGCUAGCACACCUGGUUCAACUAAUCAUCAAACCAUUGAAUAGGUGAAUCAGAAUCAGGUGCGCUAUUUCAGAGCUACAACUAAACUUUAAAAAUGCCAGAGGAGAGAUUUGAAAACCACUGCCAUUGUUAACAGACUGACAGGUGUUGGAGAGCCCAAUAGAAUGAGAAGCUCACAGUUAUUCAUGUUCUCAGCACUAACAUGCAAUCUAUAUCGGUUUCAUCUCACAGUGACAUGAGAAAUCACCAAUAGCAGAGCAUUUAUAAUUGGUUUUCCAUACAUGAGGUAUGCUAUGUCAGUGAUGUCUGUCCUUGUGACAAAAUGUAGCUGGACAUUUUCAUUUGCUUUGGUGUGUACACUUGAAAUGGUAUGAAAAUUUCAUUUAUAUGGCAGCCCUUUAAAUAAAGUGUUUCAUUUCAGUGGCA